AUGACAGACACCCAACAGCCAACAGAGUCCCACUCAAAACUAUUCGGACUUGAAGGCCAAAAAAGAGCAUCAACAACAGCAGGCUCUGGUGCCGGAACGGGGAUCACUGGCACAAGCGGACAUGCUGGAUCGUUAAACAACAAGGCCCCCGAUGCACGGGUCGAAGCAAGUGAGAAGACCGUUGCUGGCGUGCCGCAUGGAGGGAGAUCUGGGACAAAGCCGGGUUCAGGAGGAGAGCCGCUUUAUCCUAGUCAAAGAACUGGAACGAUUGGAAAGGAUGCCUGA